GGAAAACCUUAGUGAAUUUUUCUGACUUCAUCGAAAAUACCAGAAAUAACUUAUUUACUGUUACUGGUAUCGUAUCCAUCCUUACCGCAGUUCCACUCGGUAUUUUUACUUUAUUGCACUGAAGCUCAGAGCAAGCACUGUACCUAUACGCAGUCCCUAGAACAGCUCAUGGCACAGAGUUAGGUGCUCAGAAAGUAUUUACUGAAUGAAGGGAUGGUACAGAUGAGAAAACUGAAGACCCCAAGUGUUAAAGUGACUUGUCCAAGGUCACAUUUCUAGCAGCCGGCAAAGCCAGGAUUCAAACCCAGGACUACCCAGUACUAUAGAGUUCUUUCUUCCUGAUUGCUUGGAUAGGCCUCUUUGUUGGUACAGAAAGAUGGAGAUUGGAGACCCAGCGAUCUUUAACAAAGCCAUGGACUGAGGUCCAGGAAAUGUCAGUUCUGGCCCACCGUCGCUGAAAUCCCUGUGUGGCCUUGGAAAAGCCUCUUCUCCACUCAGAACCUCAGUUUCCUAAUCUGUAAAAUGGAGAGAUGGAAGCAGUGUGUUCUAAGGGUGCAAGGGUCCUCAGAAGCCCCUGGGCAGGUUUAUGCUAUGUCAUCUCUCAUGCUCACUUGGAGCUGGGGUCAGGGGUUGACAGAGGGGCUAAUUCAACACCCAAGUACAUGAGGAAAGCAGUCAUUUGUGUUUUAUCUCGCAGGUGCAAAAAAAUUCAAGGUUGACAUAGUCCCAAGCCAGCAAAUACCAAAUCUCCAAAUGAAAGUUGGAGAGAGAAAAGAAAGAAAAAGAAAGUAGAGGCAUUUGGAGAGGGGAAGAAAAAAAGCUCUGAUUCCACGCCUGGGUUGGUGUAGCAUAUAAUCUGAAACAGGCGCUCAGGUUUAUAACUGUGCCCAGGUCUGAUCCCUGGCACAUAAGAGCGCAGCCUUUAAAAAGAAAAAAAAAAAAAAAAAAAAAAAAAGGCGUGAAUCUUUAAAGCCUCUCUUCUCCUAUGUGAUAUUUUUGUAACCCUUUGGAGGUUAUGUCGCUAGGGCCUUUGCAUGCAGCAAAGGCUUUCUUCCCCUCUUCCUGGCUUGGGGAUUAUUGAUUUGGAAGGCGAGGCUAAUUUACAUGUAAAUAAAUCUCAGCGCUGGGCAGAGGGGACGGGACAUCCAGAUGCCUCGACUGACUUGCUGACGUCACGGCUUCAUUAGCAUGCGGAGGAUGCGAGCACUGCAACAGCGACUUCGGCACCACCAGCAGCUCCGCCGACUGUUAUUAUUAUUUUUUGGCGGAGCUGCACGUUUCCUGGUUCAGUAUCUUGGGCUCCGCGACCAGCUGACUGGUCUCCCCGGGGUCUGGCUCAGGAUCAGUUGGUGACGCUGAAGCUUCGGUCUGUGACUUCCUGCAGAUUGUCGUGAAGGAGGGGAGUUAAGACAAAACUGGGGGUUCUCGGGAAGGCGAUCGGAUCCGAAGGGAGGGAAGAAGUCACACUUUUUCCCCUGCCUGGUGGGUCCCAAGAGGGGCUCGAUCCAGCAGUGUUCUUUCCGUGAGCGAAUGCAGAGCAGCCCUGGCUUGAGCCUGCUGCUGCUGGCGUCAGGAAGGGUCCAGAUUUGGAGAAGGUUUCCAGAAAAAGAUGCUUUGGCUGCCUGCAGUCCUGCUUGCAUUCCUAGAAGCCAGAGCCAGGGGAAAAGUGAACUGGGGCAAUUGACAAGCUCAGAGGGUCUGGCGGAAGCUUCCAUCCAGACUGGGAAUUUCACCCUCCCUUGAGGGAGUGUUUUAAACCAUCUCAGUGAGACUUCAACUAAAUGAAGCAGCCUGGUCUCCUUGGUGGAGGCUGAAUUGGCUACUCUGAUCCUGCUUCCCAGAAGGCUUACUGGCUGCUGAUGGCUUUCACAGAGUGGUCAGGAUGAGUGUCCCCUUGGGCUCCAGAGAAGAUCUGUCUGCACUGCAAGUGCCCUCAGGAGGAGCACAUGGUGACGGUGAUGCCCCUGGCGAUGGAGAAGACUGUCAGCAAACUCAUGUUUGACUUCCAGAGGAACUCGACCUCGGAUGACGACUCAGGCUGUGCCUUGGAGGAGUACGCCUGGGUCCCGCCGGGGCUGAAGCCUGAACAGGUUCACCAGUACUAUAGCUGUCUCCCAGAAGAGAAAGUUCCCUAUGUCAACAGUCCUGGAGAGAAACUUCGAAUCAAGCAGCUAUUACACCAGCUGCCGCCACAUGACAAUGAGGUUCGCUAUUGCAACUCCCUGGAUGAGGAAGAGAAGAGGGAGCUGAAGCUCUUCAGCAACCAGCGGAAACGUGAAAACCUGGGUCGUGGCAAUGUCAGGCCCUUCCCGGUCACCAUGACAGGAGCGAUCUGUGAACAGUGCGGAGGCCAGAUCAACGGCGGGGACAUUGCUGUGUUUGCGUCGCGCGCCGGACACGGUGUCUGCUGGCACCCACCCUGCUUUAUCUGCACUGUCUGCAACGAGCUCCUGGUGGAUUUGAUCUACUUUUACCAAGAUGGGAAGAUAUACUGUGGCAGGCACCACGCGGAGUGCCUGAAGCCGCGCUGCGCAGCCUGCGACGAGAUCAUCUUUGCAGACGAAUGCACAGAAGCUGAGGGGCGACACUGGCACAUGAAACACUUCUGCUGCUUUGAAUGCGAGACAGUGCUGGGCGGCCAGCGCUACAUCAUGAAGGAGGGAAGGCCCUACUGCUGCCACUGCUUCGAGUCCUUGUACGCAGAAUAUUGCGACACCUGUGCCCAACACAUAGGGAUCGACCAAGGUCAAAUGACCUAUGACGGCCAACACUGGCAUGCCACUGAGACCUGUUUCUGCUGUGCUCACUGCAAGAAGUCCCUCCUGGGCCGGCCGUUCCUCCCCAAGCAAGGCCAGAUCUUCUGCUCACGGGCCUGCAGUGCCGGGGAGGACCCCAACGGCUCUGACUCUUCUGAUUCGGCCUUCCAGAACGCCCGGGCCAAGGAGUCCCGGCGCAGCGCCAAAAUCGGCAAGAACAAGGGCAAGACAGAAGAGCCCAUGCUGAGCCAGCACAGCCAGCUGCAGGUGAGUUCCAACCGGCUGUCGGCUGACGUGGACCCCCUGUCGCUGCAGAUGGACCUGCUCAGCCUGUCCAGCCAGACACCCAGCCUCAACCGGGACCCCAUCUGGAGGAGCCGGGACGAGCCGUACCAUUACGGGAACAAGAUGGAGCAGAACCAGUCGCAGAGCCCCUUGCAGCUCCUCAGCCAGUGCAACAUCAGAACUUCCUACAGUCCGGGAGGGCAAGGGGCCGGGGCCCAGCCCGACAUGUGGCCCAAGCACUUCAGCAACCCCAAAAGGAGCUCAUCGCUGGCCAUGAAGGGGCACGGCGGCAGCUUCAUCAAGGAAUGCCGAGAAGACUAUUACCCGGGAAGGCUGAGGUCCCAGGAGAGCUACAGUGAUAUGUCCAGCCAGAGCUUCAGCGAAAACCGAGGCAGCAUCCAAGUCCCCAAAUAUGAGGAGGAGAUGGAAGAGGAAGGGGGCAUGUCCACUCAGCAGUGUCGGACCCGUCAUCCCAUCAGUUCACUGAAAUAUACCGAGGACAUGACGCCCACAGAGCAGACCCCGCGGGGCUCCAUGGAAUCGCUGGCCCUGUCUAACACAACAGGCCUCUCCGCAGAUGGUGGUGCCAAGCGCCAGGAGCACCUCUCCCGGUUUUCCAUGCCCGAUCUCAGCAAAGACUCUGGGAUGAACGUGUCCGAGAAGCUGAGCAACAUGGGCACGCUGAACUCGUCCAUGCAGUUCCGCAGCGCCGAGUCCGUUCGCAGCCUGCUCUCCGCCCAGCAGUACCAGGAGAUGGAGGGAAACCUCCACCCUCUCGGCAACCCCAUCAGGUACAGAGACCUGCAGGCCCACGGAAGGAUGCAUCAGAGCUUUGAUUUCGAUGGGGGGAUGGCGGGCAGCAAGCUGCCGGGGCCGGAGGGUGUGAGGAUCCAGCCCAUGAGCGAGCGCACGCGGCGGAGAGCCACUUCCCGCGAAGACAACCGCCGCUUCCGACCUCACCGCUCCCGGCGAUCCCGACGCUCUCGCUCAGACAACGCCCUCCACCUGGCCAGCGAGCGCGAGGCCAUCUCUCAGUUAAAAGAAAGGCCCCCCCUGAGAGCCAGGGAGGAUUAUGAUCAGUUCAUGCGCCAGCGGAGCUUCCAGGAGAGCCUGGGCCAGGGGUCCCGGAGGGACCUGUACGGCCGGUGCCCCCGGACUGUAUCGGACCUGGCUCUGCAGAAUGCCUUUGGGGAGCGAUGGGGACCCUACUUCACUGAGUACGAUUGGUGUUCCACCUGCUCUUCGUCCUCGGAGUCUGACAACGAGGGCUAUUUCCUAGGAGAACCCAUCCCCCAGCCCGCCCACCUGCGAUACGUCACGAGUGAUGAGUUACUGCACAAAUACAGCUCGUACGGCCUCCCCAAGUCUUCCACGCUAGGUGGCAGGGGACAGUUGCACAGCAGGAAAAGACAAAAGAGCAAAAACUGUAUCAUUUCUUAAUCCGAUGGGGGUCAGGGGAUAGGGGAAGAUGGGAGGUAAGAAUGUAAAUUCAGAAACUUGCACUGUUUUAAAUUUUAAAGCUCUUUGCUUUGGUGGUUCCAGGGAGAGAUGAGAAGAGCUCUCUGUUGAUGGCGGCAAGGUCACCGACUGACUCGAUAGGUAGUCACAGUUCUUGGCAUGUUGAAUAUUAUUUGCACAUUUCACUUUGGAAACGCUAUAGACUCUACGGAGGCCAGGAUUGGUCACCUCCUUCCCGUCCGUCUGUGUUGAGCUGCCACUGGCAAGAUGGCAAAAUUGUUUCCCGCUCGCUUAUAUAUUAUAGCCUCUCUGGUUCUCUCCCUUUUAGGACCCUUUUUCCAGUACGUAAUUUGUUUAUUAGCCAGGACCCAAGACUAAGUUAUUUACAUGUCCAUUGUAAAUGCGAUGUAAAUGAGAGUUCUGAUAAAAUAUUUUUGUAUUUUGUAAUAUCAAAGGAAUUUCUAUAUCGUAGGACUCAGUGGAGCCUUGCAUGCACGUCCAGCAUUGUCUUUGAGUAGUACUCCAAGGUGGUCCAGGACCACUUUUUUUUUUUUCUUUUCUUUUUUCUAUACAAAUUUGUUACAUGUCAGUGAGACCUUUUUCAAAGGAGUUUAUUCAAUUUGGCUUUUUGUGGCUGAAAAACAAAAAUUACCUAUUACACCCAAAGCAUUUGAUGCUCCAUCUAUCUUGAGGAGCCAUCCUUAAGUCCGCUCCCAGCCUCAGUAGAAUCUCUUCUCUACAAAGUGAUAGUAACUUUUUUUUUUAUUUAUAAUUGCCGGCGUAACUUUUGCCAAUUAGAAAAACCAACCAGUGUCAGUCAGGUUCCGUGAGAAGCGCCAUCCCUGCUGGGAACACUGAAGUUGCUUACCACUGAGCUAUCCCUUGGGGAACAUAAAGUGUCUGUGAGUGGUGCGGUUUGUGUGAUGUCAGCAUGACAUUGUUUUGAAUGUGGCAUUAUUUCCUGGUGCUCGUUUCCUGGAUCGUAUUAUCCGCUUUCCUUUACCAAGGCAGACAGCUGCCUUAGCCUGACAACCGGUUGUCCUCAGCGCAAAUGAACUUCAGCUUUGGGAAUUUCGGGCCAGAAAGGUUCCGAGGGACUCUGGGAGUGAUGGUGUGUUCUAGGUCGUAGGUCAUACGUGGAGAAGGAACAGGUCAAGGGUAGAGACUGAAGGGGAAUAUGAAGGAAGGUCAGAGCAAAGAAGAACUUCUGGAAAUGAAGUAGAGGAGACUUGACAACCACCUCGAAUAGCCCCCAGUGCUUGUGGGGAAAAAAAAAAAAACCCAGUUUAAU